CUGGCAGCAAAAAAGGAGGAAAGAAUUUAACUGCGCAAAAGUCCUGUGUGGUGACGGAUGUCCAAAGUUCAGAACUUUUUCAAUGUGCGUUUCAUAGAGACACAGAGAUGGGGACGGCUUAAACACCACUGAGAUCCAGCACGUUGCACUGUUGUUAAGACUUUCCUCUCCUUUUGCUUUUUACGUGAGCAGUGAGGAACCGUGAUUUGAGCGCCUCAUCAUUCAGAGGAGGGAGAAGUGGAGCUCUCCGUCUGCGUAUUUUGGAGCCUUAUUUUCAAAGUGAAGACAUGCAGGCUCGCUACUCCGUUUCCAGUCCCAACUCGCUGGGCGUCGUGCCGUACAUCAGCAGCGACCCGAGCUACUACCGGGCCGCUGCCGGUGGGGGAUACACCGGGAUGCCAGCACCCAUGAACAUGUACUCUCAUGCGGCUCAUGACCAAUACCCUGCCAGCAUGGCCCGGGCGUAUGGACCGUACACCCCUCAACCUCAGCCCAAGGAUAUGGUCAAACCCCCCUAUAGUUAUAUUGCGCUCAUCACCAUGGCUAUCCAAAACUCGCCUGACAAGAAGGUGACCCUGAAUGGGAUUUACCAGUUUAUCAUGGAGAGGUUCCCCUUUUACCGAGACAACAAGCAGGGCUGGCAGAACAGCAUCAGGCACAAUCUGUCUCUGAAUGAGUGUUUUGUCAAAGUGCCCCGUGAUGAUAAAAAACCCGGUAAAGGCAGCUACUGGACCCUGGACCCGGACUCUUACAACAUGUUUGAAAACGGGAGCUUCUUGAGAAGGCGACGACGGUUUAAGAAGAAGGACGUGCAGAAAGAGAAAGACGACCGGCUGCAGAAGGAUCUGCCGCCGAGGCAGCAAGGCCGGGAGCAGGAGCAGCCGGUGCAGGGCUCCAAGCCCGUGAGGAUCCAGGAUAUUAAGACUGAGAACGGGACAGUCACGCCACCGCAGGCCGACUCGCCCUCUUUGAGCACCGUGCCCAAAAUCGAGAGCCCGGACAGCAGUAGCAUGUCCAGCGGGAGCCCUCACAGCAUCCCAUCCAAUAGGUCCAUCGGCAUGGACAGCUCCGAGCACCACCAGCACCACGGCCAGGCCUCGACGCAGGGCUUCAGCGUAGACAACAUCAUGACCUCCCUCCGGGGGUCUCCACAAGGGGCCACUGAGCUCACCUCCAGCCUCAACGCUUCCACCAGGACAGGUAUAACACCGUCUUUGUCCUUAAACUAUUCUCCCAAUCAGACAUCCGUCUAUAGUUCACCCUGUAACCAAAACUCCAUCUCCACUACCUCCAAUGCAACCUACCAUUGUAACAUGCAAGCCAUGAGCUUGUAUGCCGGGGACAGAUCUAGCCACUUGGCGCCGAGCACCACCGUGGACGAAACGUUGCCAGAUUACUCAGUCACUACCACCUCAUCCUCCCUGACCCAUGGCAAUCUAAACUCCGGGCAGGAGGGCCACCAUCCCCACCAAGGGAGGCUGACCUCAUGGUACCUCAACCAGGCCGGAGACCUGGGCCAUCUGGGCGCAACGUACCCAGCACAGCAGCAGAACUUCCAUUCAGUCCGAGAGAUGUUUGAAUCCCAGAGAAUUGGCUUGAAUAAUUCGCCAGUGAAUGGGAAUAACAGCUGUCAGAUGUCAUUCCCACCGAGCCAAUCCAUCUAUCGCACUUCGGGAGCUUUCGUGUAUGACUGCAGCAAGUUCUGACCAACCCCCCCCCC